AGAUCACGGAAAUGAUACAGCUGCCACCCGGGCACCCGGUGGAGACUUCAUUUACAUCCUCCAACAUUACGUAGGAGCCACCAUGAAAUGAUACAUACAAACUGUUCGGAGAUCUAAUUGGACGGCGGUGUGCAGAGAUCUCUCCGCCUCCAUCACUACAAACUCCACACCAAGAUGCGAGAUUGAAGGGGGAAAGCCUCCACGUUUACGUAGAAUUCUCCGCUUUUGGGUUGAUAGCGAGGCGCCGCCCACCAACUCCCCUGCUAUUAUACGAUUCUCACUGGUUGCACUGCAAGAGUUCUUCUUGGUGCCAUAAUCUCAAGCUGCCAUUUUGGAUCCCUGCGUGCUUUCGAUCGAUGCCAUUUUGAUGAGAAGGAGCCUCCUUUUGGAUCGGAGUCGAUGUGAAAUCGAGGAGUGAGAGAGUGAGAAGGGGAUGGAAGCGAGGAUGAGAAGGUACGCGCCGCCGCAAGGUAGUCCGGAGAGAACCAAGGUUUGGACUGAGCCGCCGGCGAAGCACCAAACGCAGCAGCAGCAGCAGCAAGGGAGGAAGGUUGCGGUGGUGUACUACCUUUGCAGGAAUCGCCACCUCGAGCACCCGCACUUCAUCGAGGUCCCUCUCUCUUCCGCCGACGGUCUCUUCCUCAGAGAUGUGAUCGAUAGGCUCAAUGUGCUGCGAGGGAAGAGGAUGGCCGCCUUGUAUUCGUGGUCUUGCAAGAGGAGCUACAAGAAUGGAUUUGUGUGGCAUGACCUUUCCGAAGAUGAUCUGAUCCUUCCGGUGCAGGGCAACGAGUAUGUGCUCAAGGGGUCGGAGAUCUUGGAUCAAACACCUCCAGAUCGGAGAGAUCAGGAUUCGAGCAAUGCAAAGAUCCAGAAUCUGAAGAACAGCAACUCUAUGCAAGAACCACCUGUUAGCUACAAAAGACAAGAAGCUUCCUUUUCACCUUCCUCAGCCGUGGUUCUAAUCAAGGAGGCAAAGCUUCCCCCUCCCUCUCCCCAAGAAGGUGACCUCUCCCCCUUCACUCACAGCCACAGAUCAGACUCCUCCGGCAAUGUUUCGCCGGAGCCCUGCAGGAGAACUUCCCUACUUUGUGAAAUCAGCUCUCCUAAGCCGGCAGAGCACAGUGUCCGCAAGCUCUUUGGGGCUGCUCAAGAUGCUUCGACUCAAACCGAAUUCACAGGGAGGAGAAGGAAUGGAUUGAGUACCCGGACGACUGGUGUCUCAACUGAUGAUAGUCCUCUAGAAAUUUGCUACAAUGCAAAAGAGGAAUCCGAGACUGUUAAAUCCGAGAGUUCUCCAUCCAGUACUUUAUCUUUAUCCGGGAAGACGAACACACUCGAAUCCUUGAUACGAGAAGAAGUAAGCUUAAGGAACAACUAUAGGAAUGGGGAGGCAGAAGAAGUUUCCCUCUCAACUGUGUCAAAAUUUAAAGCAACAAACAUGCUGAUGCAUCUGAUUACCUGUGGGUCAAUCUCUGUGAGAGACAACUAUGGCAUUGGCUUUGAGCCGGACUAUAAACCAAGACUCGCCGAUACAAAGCUCACCCCUCCAAUGCUUUCUACUUCCAUGGUUCUUGGGGAGAUCAGUUUCUUGCCGGAGGGCCAAAGAACAAUAGUCCCGAGGAUGAACAAGAAGCAACAUUUCAGUGGGAGCAUGGUCGAAACAAACAAGUUCAAAGAGGGGCAACUAGAAGGAGUACCUAAGCUAAAGCGAUCGUCUUCCUUCAAUGAGGAUAGGAGCUACAACAUGCCUUGUUCAAGAAGGGAGAGUGAAAAGAGAGGAGAGCCAUCUCAACUGAAGUGUCUCUCUAGGACUACCAAAAACACAUCCAACAAAAAUUUCAUGUCGGGUGAGAAUGCGGCAAAGAUAUCCCCCAUUUCAGAUGCAAGGAAGUCCUAUGCGGGGCUGGACAUUUCCAGGCCUUCCCCUCCCCCUUCUUCAACCGAUAAAAGUAAAAGAUCAACAGAGUUCGACCCAGUUAAGGGCUCAUCCACUGAGUUAGAAUUUUGCAGAGAAGUCAAAGAGAAGGUGAUCAAGAUCGAAGAAAGGCUUACUUCUGGAGCUAGGGUUAUAAUACUAUCAAGAUCCCAAUGUGAUGAGAAUGAAGAUGUUUGACUUCAGAAAUCCAACAAAGAUUCAAUCAUCUCAGCUCACAAUUGUGGGGCAUCUAAGUUUUUGUAAGUGCCAUCGGUUCGACACUAUAUCCCUCUACUUAUUCGAGUUAUUUCAGUAGCUUCAAGCUGUUUUCUUGUGCCAACCAGCAAGUAAUGUUAUCAUUACAUUGAUAUAUUCUUCUAGAUUUCCUUGAAGAUUAGAUAACUUUUCUCUUCAUUUCAGUGGCUUGAUAAUUCUGUUCAUGCUAUUUCCAAACACUUGGUAGAACAAAAAAAGUAAUUAAUACUAUUUAAGUAGGUGAUUUAUCACAGAAUACUUAGCUUAUAACAUUGACCUUCUUCACCAAACACCUUGCUCCUAGUCUUAAUUGCUGAUACUGAUAUCGGUGUACGAUUCGGUGUUUUGCCAACGAUGUUUGUGGCUGUUUAGGAAAAAAAAGGAACUCAGAUCUUUACAAUUUUACUUUCAACAUAUUCAUAUUUAUGAUCUUCUUGACUUGAGUAAAGCUCAUAAAAUCUACUGAUUGAUGCUAGUUGCUGAAGUAGCAGUGGAGAUCAAUAUGCUACAUAGGGAAACUUUGAGCAGCUGAUGACAGAUAAUUGACCUUUGAGUUUUUUUUUAAUGUGUAUUUAUGUUUGCUAUCCAGUGUAAUUUUGAACUCAUUUUUUCUAUUCCAUUUUUAUUUGUUUAAGCAAAUAAUCGUACAUUAAAUGGUAGUAUCGAUAUAUAGUUAUUCCAUUGGUUAAUUAUUAUUA